GCAGGUUAAGUUUUGGACUGAGUCACCGAACCCGCCUGCGAUUAUGCACUUUCGCCCAUAUGUGCCCGCGUCCCCAGUUCUAUCAUCCGAUCCGGUCCAGAUGAGUGAUGAACUGACUUUGGACGGAAAUGAAGCACCCUCUGGUGGAAGGUUUCAAGGCAGCGGUGGCGGAGAUGAUGAGCCAUUGAUUGAUCCGGUGCCAGCUUCCUCUCGCCUCCUGGUGAUACAUCAGGAAAAGUGGCAGCAAGAGCUACUGAUUAAGUAUGGAGAGUUGGUGCUGAUGGACGCCACAUACCGCACCACCUGCUACGACCUGGCAUUGUUCUUCCUGGUCGUCCAUACCAAUUCAGGUUAUGUGGUUGUUGGUGAGUUUUGUGUGCAGUCGGAGAAAAAUGCUGAAAUUGCAGAAGCGCUCACUAUCAUCAAAGAAAACACACCAUUGUUGCACCCCAAGUUCUUUAUGACAGAUUAUUCUGAAGCUGAGAUGCUCGCCAUCGAAAAGGUGUUCCCUGAAGCAAGGAUAUAUCUGUGUGACUUCCAUCGUGAGCAAGCCUGGCAACGCUGGACGAAGAACCGGAACCAUGGUCUUAACGAUGAUGAGGCAUCGGCACUCCUGGCGGCUUUGCGCAGCCUUGCUUAUGCUCCACCAUGCCGAGAUGAGGGACAAGUUCCUGAUAACGGUGGGCGAGGGCGUGGACUGCGCGAGACUAUCAGCACAAUGUAUUUACGAACAAUGGAGUUGAAGCGCAGAACAAGGUUCUCAAGUACUAAUUCCUCAACACCAGCAACGGGAAGAAGAGGACGCUGAGCGAGACUUUCACCAUUAUCGUUGAAAGGUUUCUGGAAGAGCAAAAGCGGAAGUUCGUGGUGAAGAAUGUCAGCCAGCUGAGCUCUUU